GCGGCCUAGCAUUUAUCUGUCAAAAGUGGUGACGGCCGGGCCGUUCGGCGAUGAGCCGGUUCACGCGCGCCUGUUGAUCUUCCCGCGAAUCGACUGUAGCUCAUUAAGCCGAACGUGUCGUCGACGAGAGGGUGACGCGUGUUGUCGUCGUCCAGGUACCUCAUCGCGGGAUCAACCGUACGGUUUUUUCUCGAGCGACGUAAACGGACCGACUCGCGAGUAAGUGCUCCUCGAAAGAAUCGGUCGACUCGUUUAUUAUGUGAUCCGUGAACCGUGCACGAGGCGAUAGCACAGAAGGAAGGUAGGCAGACAGGAAGGAAGAAAGGAAAAUGCGAAACGUUCGAGUCGACGUGUUCUGCUAUCUCAUCGUGGCGGUUCUUUUUCUAGCGUCAUUCAGUCAUGCAGCGAACACUGAAUCGAAUCAGACUAGACGGUGCGACGUGAGCAAGGCGGACGAGCAAUGCGGUCGCAACGAAAGAUGCGUUCAGCUAACGCCGAACGGGGAGUCGAGGUGCGAGUGUCAGAUAGAGUACGUGCCGGUGGGCGGCCAGUGUCUUCAGCAUAAAACAGUUCUGGCUAUUAGCGCGACCACCGUUCAACCAGACCUCAAAGACGACUCUGGAGGUAGUUCUGUAGCCGCUGGUUUGUUAAUUCCAACCUUCCUCAUAGUAGUCGGGGUUCUGCUGUAUUUCGGGGCAAGGCGAUACAAAUGGCUGGAACGAUUUCGACAGUUUCGUCCGAAUCGUCACGGCGAUAUCCUAGUCACGAGGGAUGACGAUGACGAUGACGAUCCGCCGAUAGCGUAAGCGGGCUGUGUUUUUCCGCCGCGUCUAAUUUUUCGAAUCGGAAAACACGAGCUGUGUCUCCUGGAAAACGCUCAGUUACACGAGAUGCAGAAUUAAAAGCGGCAAGCUUUGAGUUAACGGGCACGCGUGUCGCGCGUUACGCAGUUUUCAAAAAAUCGUUCGAUCGAUCGAUCGAUCGAUCAUUUCGUCGAUUUGCGUGUUCGAGCAGUUUCACGCUCGUGAUUCUAAUCAGAAACAUAUCACCCAGACCUGUUGUACACGCGUGAAAGUUUUCUCGAAGCUUGCUUACGCUUACGGGAACAAUGUUGUGUAACUUUGUGCAUAUUUCGAGCAGGAGUUUAGGUACAAGGUACGUACAAGGGAAAAAUAUCGUCGAACUGAAUUAAGAGGCUACAUACAUGUAAAGAGGUGUUGGUGUAAGUAGACGUGUUUUUGUGCUAAUGUUCGAACGUUUCCGUGAUUUUUAUCGACAUCUCUGCAUUUUUAUUAUCGACGACGAUACUUCGAAAUAAGGUGCCCGAUUGAUUUUAUCGUUGUUUGUAAAUUUGAUCGUAUCUCUUUUUGGUAACAAGCCGUUUUUGUUUCGCCAGUCGAUCGCAUAAAGGUGCUACUACUUACACGAUCGCUGAUUAUCCGUUUUAUGAACGAUGGUUGUAAGGGAUAUGGGAUAUAACUGACUGCGUUUUCGAUAGCUAUUUAAGAACAUACUGGAGGCAUAAUUUUUUACGAUGAUAUUAAUAAGCUGGUCAGUAAAUUUUUACACGUUAUUAAUAUCUUGUAUAAAAUCUGGUGAUCACCGGUUCACCGGUAUACACUGUACGCAAAAAUUUAGGAGAAUUCUAUUAAACGUUAUACUGUUCUGCGCUCUCAAUAAGAUUGUAAAUUCUGAUUGCACGAUGAACGUUCAUGUACGCGACGCGACGAUGGAUAUUCCCGUGAUUACGAUCGAGUCCUAUAUAUUUUUAAACGCAGGCACAUUACUUCCUAUUAGCAUACCUCCAACGUAAGUGUAUCCGAUAUAAUUGCGAAGGAAUCGGUAGUGUCCGAUCGUGUCGCGCGUAUGAAGUUUCGUUGUCGUCUCUGAAUAUCUUGUUCUUUCGAGGAUAACUCUUUAAAUGAGAAUAUACGUUCACCGUUACUUAACCAAAGACUAAAGAUUCCACAAUCUGAAUUAUCUCUCCGGAUGUGUACGGGCAGCAACGAUGGCGGUAUCGUCGCCGUGGCGAAACGAAUCGAAGCAAGAGAAAAAGAAACGAAUCGGCGAUUCCCCCGUCAAUUGAGCUGAGUUAACUUUUGAACUGCAAGACGUUUAGAAGCCGGCUGCACAUAUACCAAAAUAACGUUGCAUCUAUAAUAAUUGUUCUCGAUGUCGUUUUUUUUUCUGUAAUAUAACAGAUUUUGUAAAUAACCUUCGACCGAUUCUACGGCCGCGUAUUCUUGCCAGCCAAUCAUUCUUUCUCUCUCUCCUAUAGUUUGUAAUUCGAAUUAAUCGUGAUUUCCGAAACAAGAAGAAAUCGCAUUGUCUAUAUUUAUAUUCUCAAGAAAAUGGGAAUGAU